GGCAACACUUCCGUUGGCGGCCUGGAUCCAUGGAUGCUAAUCUCUACUUCGCCUUCAUUUAAUCCCGGCCUCCCAUGUCACAAUCCCUCUCUCUGACCAUCUAUUUCCCUCAAACUCACCAUGGCGGACGAUAAUCCUUCUCGCGAAGACGAGCAGGUGGAGGAGGAAGAGGAGAUCGACGAGACCGGCUACAAGACAGUGAAAGAUGCCGUGCUCUUUGCGAUUGAAGUCAGCGACUCGAUGCUCACCUCCCGUCCAUCGCCGGAUCCCAAAAAGUUCAAAGAGGAAUCGCCCACGACCGCAGCCCUGAAAUGCGCCUACCACCUAAUGCAACAACGGAUCAUUUCGAACCCCAAUGACAUGAUGGGAGUCUUACUCUACGGGACGCGGGCGUCCAAAUUCUACGACGAAGACGAAAGUAGUCGCGGCGAUCUCUCCUACCCACAUUGCUACCUGUUCACGGAUUUGGAUAUUCCUUCGGCACGGGAGGUCAAGGAGCUUCGCGCGCUCGCAGAGGACGAGGGCAAAGCUAGGGACAUAUUGGUUCCGGGAGAUGAGCGCGUUUCCAUGGCCAACGUGCUCUUCUGCGCCAACCAAAUUUUCACGUCAAAGGCGCCCAAUUUUCUGUCUCGACGGCUAUUCAUCGUGACCGACAACGACAAUCCCCAUGGCGACAACAAAAGUCUUCGCUCCGCUGCCACCGUGCGAGCCAAGGAUUUGUACGAUCUUGGUGUCACUAUCGAGCUGUUCCCAAUUUCUCAACCGGAUCACGAGUUUGACGGCUCCAAGUUUUACGAUGAUAUCAUUUACAAAUCGUCCCCGAAUGAUCCGGAGGCUCCUACAUAUCUACAACCCGAUUCAAAAGCCCUGACGGCCAAUAGUGAUGGGAUAGCAUUGCUCAACACUCUGCUCUCUAGCAUUAACUCGAGAUCUGUCCCGCGUCGUGCCCACUUUUCGAACAUGCCACUGGAGAUAGGGCCGAACUUCAAAAUCUCUGUAUCGGGGUAUCUUCUCUUCCGACGUCAAGCGUCGGCAAGGAAUUCCUACGUCUGGUUAGGGGGUGAGAAACCUCAACUCGUUAAAGGAACAUCGACCCAAAUCGCAGAAGAUACGGCACGAACAAUUGAAAAAUGGGAAAUCAAAAAGGCGUACAAGUUUGGUGGGGACCAAGUGUCUUUCACGCCCGAUGAACAGAAAGCCUUGAAAGACUUCGGUGAGCCGGUGAUUCGGAUCAUCGGGUUCAAGCCCCUCUCGGCGCUCCCAUUUUGGGCCAAUGUCAAGCAUCCAUAUUUCAUAUAUCCGUCGGAGGAGGACUUCGUGGGGUCGGCGCGGGUAUUUUCGGCCCUGCACCAAAGCCUCCUGCGAAACAAAAAGAUGGCUCUUGUCUGGUUCAUCCCACGCAAGAACGCAGGUCCUGUGUUGGGUGCCAUGUUGGCUGGAGAGGAAAAGCUGGACGAGACCGGAGUGCAGAAGUUCCCUCCCGGCAUGUGGAUUAUUCCCCUGCCAUUUGCCGACGACGUUCGACAGAAUCCCGAGACCAGUCUGAACGUGGCACCGGAGCCGCUGAUUGACCAAAUGCGAAUGGUCGUCCAGCAGCUUCAGCUCCCCAAGGCAUCUUAUGAGCCGCUGAAAUACCCCAAUCCAUCGCUGCAAUGGCAUUACCGCAUCCUGCAGGCACUUGCUCUGGAUGAAGAUCUCCCGGACAAACCAGAAGAUAAAACGACGCCGAAAUACCGCCAGAUCGACAAGCGAGCUGGUGACUACGUGCUGGCCUGGGCCGACGAACUUGAGAAGCAGUAUGCGCAGACAGCGCCAUCCGGCCCCAAGAGCACUCUAGUUAAGCGGGGCGCAAAAUAUCGCGCUGCCGAGUCUGAGGACGGAAGCGGUCAUACAUCCAAGAAGGUGAAAACUGGGAGUGGAUCGGAAGGAGUUGAAGACGAAGUACGCCUUCAAUAUCAGAAAGGAAGUCUAUCCAAGCUUACGGUGCCUAUUCUUAAAACCUUUCUCACUUCUCAUGGCCGCUCAGCUGCUGGGAAGAAAGCAGACCUGGUUGAACGGGUGGAGGAAUACUUGGAGAAAAAAUAAUGGCGCCAAGGAUCGGAAUCGGCUUCUUGGGCGUAACGAGGUAGAUGAACUUACUCUAUUAUCUAAUGAAAACAUGCUUGAUAUCCAAGGAC